AUGCUGGUGCGCAUGCGGGACACCGUCACGCCCAUACCGCUGGCCACGGAUGGAAGGUUUGCCUACUUUUACCAGGUCCAGCACGAGCUCUGCAUCAACCCACACCCGGCACCGCCCCCCAACCUGCAGGGUCACAUUCGCAUCAAUGGUACGAACCCACUGCUGUUCAACGACCCGAGAUACAAACUGGAGAUCUGGUUCAAGGAGGGCGAGGAAAUGCCAGAAACAAGAAAUAUGGAAGCCCUCUCCAACGUCCUGGAGACUGUGACCAGGAUAGAGAGCGCGCUGACCUUCACCAUAGUGCGCUUCGUGUACAAGACCGUGGGCGCACACCUCGAUGCCGUCUCCAUCGCGUUCCUCAGCAUCCUGAUCACGGCGCUGUCCUACAACACGCUGGCGAUUCUCGGAAACAGACCAACGACGAUCAGCAUGCUGCGCACACUGGCCUACAUCGCGGAGCUGGUCCGGAAGUUCGCGGCGCUCGUGGGCAUCCAGGCCAUCAUCCGCUCCGUCCAGCCCGCAGACCCGGAGGCGGCCAGCCUCUUCGAGCAGAUCGAGUGCUUCACGGUGUCGCUCUGCAUCCUGAUCCUGGUCUGCGUGCUGCCGGCGAGCUUCCGGGAAUCACCCGACGGGCAGCAGUUCCUCCGCCUCGUGCUGUUCAUGUUCGCGAGCAACACCGAGUUCGUCGUGCAGAGGGUAAGCUUCGGCUGGACGCUGCCAUACCUCAGCAUGGCUGGCUUCUUCGCCCUCUCCCGCCUGCAGCACUUCCCGGGUCACAGCGCCAUCACCGCCACGGUCCUCAGCGCCGUCAUCCUCUCCCUGACCAACAUGAUGGUGCUGGCCAGCUGGACCAUCUCCGUCACCUCCACGGACAAGUUCCCGCAGAUCACGCAGCUCGUCAGCCUCCUCGUCAUCUUCGACGCCCUCUCCCUCCGGUACCCGGACUUCCACACCAUGCGCGACUACGCCGUGUGGCAGGGUGCCGCCCAGAUCCACGCGCUCAUCGUGGCCCGCGAGGUGAACCGCGGCUCGGUCGCCACCGUCGCGAUCUUCGUCGCGCUCGCGCUCCAGGCCUUCCGCCUUUACCUCCCCCGCACCACCGCCCUCUCCGAGCUCACCGUCCUCAUCCUCAUCAACACCAUCCUCGGGAUGGUGCAGCAGGCCGUCAACGCCCUGCACAUGGCCGACACCGUCGUCGUGAUCGUCCUGUGGAUCACCGUCAUCCACAUCCUCAUCACGGCGGUCAAUCGCGCCCCGGCCGCGAUGGAGGGGACGACGCAGGAGAGCCGCAGCUACACCAACAACUUCAUGCUCCCGCAGGGGGACGUCGGGGUCAACCUCGGGGGCACGAUGACGGCCAACUCGACGACCCCGACGAUCCAGGACUACGAGGCCGUCUUCGGCCCCGCGGCACGGCAGAUCAAGGAGGACACGCAGCGUCACAAGCGGCACCAGAGGUGGCACCUUCCCGACGUCCUCAAGGGCUCGAACACCUUCCUCGCGGACCGCGUGGACGGGCUCAUCACCGACGCCACCAACUCUCCUUUUACUAGGAAUAUCCUCCCCUACGUCUACCUCGAAAACCCCGACCAGAAGCUCAAGUGGAACGUCUGGAGGUUCGACGAGGGCCUGGCCACGCGCGUGCCCUACGAGUCGGCUGCUAGGGUUCUGACCCAGAGUAAGACCAGUCAGGCCGCCUACAUUACCAGGAACGGCAUGGCGAUCCAGAUGGAGCACAACUUCAUGAUGUCGCCGGCUGGACGCGAGAAUUUCAAGCGCCAGUUAAUGCAGCUGGUAGGAUCCAUACAGAUGUCCAACGACCUCGACGUCCACCACGCGCUGCUCCUCGCCCCCAACUACGAGGCCCACCUCCGCGAGAAGUACUACACCACCGAGAAGACGACGCUGCAGCUCAUCCGUCAGUACGUCGACAGCUACGGGCUCAUGCAGAAGCACCCCAACGCUCUUGACAUCAUGAUCGAGGACGCGAAGAACACCCUGAAGACCUGGGGCUCGCCCCCACCCACCUUCCUGAUGUGCAACGGCGCCCUGACCAUGCAGAUGACCUUCAACCCGGAGAAGACGCAGUACCUCACCAACGGGACCGGUGGUCCUCUUCUUUUGAAGCAGGGACCGGAUUUGCCGUCCUAUAGGGGGCUGAGUAUCAUUCACUCCAGGAAGUUCUCCAUGAACACCGGCGAGCCGCCCAGGGACGUCCUCCGCAGAAGGUCCCGCGUCGCAGAGCACUACCGCAUCAACGGCACCGUCCGCGAGCUCAGGGACAACAAGUGGCGCUUCUACGACCAGUCCAAGGAUGGGACCUUCGACCUCACCUUCAGGGAGCUGCUCGAGCACUCGUGGAUCGACUCGGAUAUUGCAGGCAACGUCACCAAGGAUCACCGUCCACGACCCACCGUCGUCCGUCCAAACCGGGAACCAUACAAUAAUCCCGAUUUCAAGCUCCUCUCCGCACCUCUCCAGCUCACCUCCCCAAACCUCACCGCGGGCGACAUCGGGGUGCACUACCCAGAGCAGGCGGCCAAGGAAGCGGAGGGCUACCACAGGCUGCGGGCGGAGGGCAACCCCUACCACGCCCACGACCUGAACGCGCUGAGGGUGCGGGACAGCAUGGACGGUGCGCUGGCCGUGUCGGCGGGCCUGGGUGGCAUCGCCCCCUCCCACGCCAUGGCGGUCGACAACGUCUCCACGAUGCUCGCCGGCAACAGCGGCGUGCUGCACUGGGCGGCGCACCAGUUCCGUCAAAGUCGCGCCUCGCUGAAGGCACCCGAGGGCAAGCAGGACGUGCUGGCGCGGGAGGCCGUGCUGCUCAAGGCCAAGCGCCUGACACUCAAGGGUGACUCCCUCCACAUUGGGUACCAGACGAUCCCCAAGGACGAAAUCACCGAAGCCCAGGCGGAGUUCAGGAAGCGUCCCUGGACGGCACUGGAGAUGUCGGCGGCGGUGGGGGUCGUCGGAUCUGUGCUCUUCAACGGCAUCCGCGCCCCCAACGCGCUCAACCCCCAGGUCCCGGAGUCGGCGGCGCGGGAGUUCGUCCCUUUCAUCCAGUCUUGCUUCUGCCGCUCGAUGAUGGACUCACCCCUCUGCAACGCGCUGCUCUCCCACGUCAACGUCCCGCUCGACCUCCAGGGGGAGUUCCUCUCCUUCCUAGGCCUCGCCGACCUCGGCAACCGGGAGGAGCUGGCCGCCGCCCAGGCCGACCGCGACAGCCCCUACUGCUCCGUGCUCAUGGUCAAGUACAUCUCCCACGCCCACCCCGACGCUGGCGUGCGGGGAGCGCUGCAGCAAGGCAGGCCUGGACGUCAUCUUCCUCACCGGACUGGUCCAGAGCUCCACCUCCGAGCGUCUGCGGCCCCGGCGCAAAGACGCCUGCACAUCCUCGCGACCUCGACAAUGCACGUCAACGCCUCCGGGGACAGCAUCAGCGACUCCCCAAUCUUCAACGGGGACAGCGACGACGAGACCAGCGCACAGCUUGCCUACAACGGGCUGAAGCUCGACUCCGACGCCGUGCUGGGCACCGAGUUCCGCUGCUACCCCUUCCCGCUCACCUCCGCCGACCUCUCCUCCGUCGACAGCAUCCUGCAGCACAGCCGAUUGGCGGAGUACCAGUCUCUUCCCUCGACGCUUGCCUUCGCCAGGAUGUUCACCAGCGUCAUGCACUACGCUAACGACGCCGCCGCCCCGGGCUGCGUGCUCGCCGCCAAGAGCGCGGUGGGGAACGUCAGGCACACCCUCGGGGCCAGGAUCACCAGCUCCCCACUUGUCAUCGAUACACCAAAUAUUGGACUCAACUUUGAAAACACAAACAACGCACUGACGUUCGACGAUAUCUACAACACCAUUGUAUCUGACAAUGAGACGAACGCGACGCAGACCGUUAUCAAUGAGCUUCAGAGGCGUAGUCCACUAAAUCCAGCAAGAGGUGGGAUUGGACCUGCGCGUGUAACACCAGCCCCCGUCCCCCCAGCAGCACCCCCCGCCGGAGUUGUCGGAGCCCCAAACCGGAACCCCCUCCUGGACUGGUACGUGGAUAUCGUAUGUGUGCGCCCGAACAUCGAGCACAACAUGCUGGCGGCGAUCAUGGGGAGGGGCGGGACGGGCGAGCUGGGGGCGACGUACUGGGGCCAGACGGAGAUGACGUGCUACGACGACGGGCAGCACGGCAUCUGGGGCAUGCAGUACAAGUACCACGCCAAGGCCCUCGUCCACAACGAGCGCAACCUGAUCCGCCUGUGGGACAUCUGCUUCGACGGCUACAACGGCGGGAUGGACGACACGGUGGUGGAUUGGAGGGAUGGUGCCGAUCUUGAUCAGUUCAGGAAGGACACGAGCUCGAUCGACAAACCCUACGAGGGAAAGAGCAUGUUUAUCAUGUCUUUCUUCGUACCACCUAACCACGAGAAUCUCACGAAGAUCAAGCAGCCGUGGCCCAACCCCAUCGUGUUCUACGACCCGCACUCGGCCAACACAGACGACCGCCUGCCGAUCGACCCGGACAACCUGUACAACACGGUGAAGCCGGAGAUGCGGGUGUUUACCAAGGACUGGUACCGCGACAAGUACCUGCACUACCUCGCGCUGCUCCCCAACUUCAACCAGCUGCACGCGCUGAGGAAGGUGGCGGGGCAGCAGACGGUGCAGAACGAGACCAACGUCUGCGCGCUCAGCUUCCACGGCGACGUCGUCACCUGCGCGCUGGGAGGGUCGGAGAUCAGCAAGCGCCUGGAUGCGGGCCUCCGCCUUGGGCGCCGUCUCCGAGCAGGGCGCUUCGGAGGCGUCGGAGCCAGCGCGGACCAUGUAGCGGAGGGGGAGGAUGAAGCGCCCGGUCCCGGGGAUGGUCUUGUACUGGCUCUUCUGGGAGGCGGUGCUGGCGCGGUCGCCAUACCCGACCCUGGCCUGGUCGUGCUUGACCUCGCCGCAGCCGCGGGUGCGGAACGAACCACCUCCGCGGGUCGCCUCCUCCCGCUCGGGCUUGGGCUUGUGCUCCACGAAGAAGGUCAUGUAGACCACGCCCGUGCUGUCGGUCGUGACCUCGGUGUAUGGGUCCUCCGGGAGCUCGUUGCGCUCGACCGCGCGCUUCACCGUGAUCUGGAACUUGCCCAGGCCGUUCUGGUCGAUCGUCUGGCUGUUGCGGUAGAUCGGCACGCUCCAGGGGACGCCGUCGGUGCUGUCGGGGUUGAGAGGGGUGUCGCCGUCCUUGUCAUCCUCGGGGAACUUGGGCUCCUUCGUGUGGAUGAGCACGGCGAUGGAGUAGUCGUUGGAGUCGGCAUCACCGGACUCGGCGGUCUUCACGGACAUGUUGCUGAUGCGGGAGAGCAGGACUCCCUCCUCCGCAAUCACCCGGUAGGCCUUCCUGUCGCCCUCGUCCAGGAGGAAGGUCUCGACGUCAUAGGCUUCGCCGAAGCACAGCCUCUCGUACUCUCCAAACUCCGAGCUCCGCUUCCCCUUGCAGAAGUCCAGGACCUCAUCAAGGGUAUGGAGCACAUUGACUGCAGCACGGAGAACUUCCUAGGAAGGCUGGACGCGGAUCUCAUGUCCUACUUCUUCCGCGGGCAGAUAUGCGGGAAUUUCACAAAAGAUGAGGCUGUCAAGAACAUCGGCAUGGCCCUCCGCCUCGCGAGCUGCAACCGGGCUCACCGCCGCUGGGUCCAGGCAUUCAUGACCACCGUCGACUUUCUCGGGGCAUACCACAGCCAUCUCCUGAACUUCAUCCGCAUGGACCAGCGCAGGGCCCAGCACCGCGCCAACCAGCUCGAGCUCCUCCGUGCACUCAGAAACACACACGGUGACGCGGCACCCAGACCCACGAAAAACCAACCGAUCACCUUCCAGGAAGUCACCCGCAUCCUGCGCCUGACGAUGCUCUCCAACUGCACCUUCUGCGGGGGGUCCAGCGGCAUCCUCUUCCAUGAGCUCAGCUGCAGGGUGUGCUUCGACUGCAAGCGCACCAGGAUCGUCAGCGACGCGGACGUCCGCUCCAAGCACGGGCUCAGCAGCGGCGAGAUCUGCGCGCUCAACUGCCUCAUUCCCAGUGAAAAGCUGCACCUCACCUGCAUACAGAGCAGCACCGCAGGGCACUGCAGGGACUAUUCCGUCAACGUCCACUACUACCUCACCAGCGAGGCCGAGUCCCACCUCGAUCACGCCCGCUCCCUCGCCGCCGACAUGGGAUGGGGGAGAGGGUGCUGCGCCUGCGGCGGUGGAUCCCAUGUGUAA